CGGCUAUAUCGGGAAACGCGGGCCGAGACCAGGCUGAAAUGUGAACCUGCUUCAGUUCUUGCUGCUUGCAAGGCAUCCUCUACUGUCCAUGGAAUCGGAGUCGACACCUUUGCUAUUAUCUGAAGAGUCCUCCUUAGAUGCCCGUGGCCUUAGAUACCUUCUCAUUCAACACUUCUCAAGUGCCUGGGGAGAUAGAACCGCUGAAUUCGCGCUCUAUCUGUACUUGAUAAUUUGCUUCCAAGACACCCUACUUCCGUCCUCCAUAUUCGGGUUUGCCAUGACGUUAACGGGAAUCUUAUUUUCGAGAUGGGCAGGGUCUAUUGUGGACCUGAAUCCCAAACUUUCUGUCGUCUGGUGGUCGAUUCUCGCCCAAAAGCUCUCGUGUCUUGGUGCCUACGGUUGUGUCGCAAUGAUGCGCGCCUGGGAUUGUCGUUCAUCUGCGGGCUCCUGGGCCGUCUUCAUCGUCUUGGUGCUUUUCGGUUGUCUACUUCGCUUCUCGAACACCUGCGUUACUAUCGCUGUUGAACGCGACUGGACUGCGUGCAUCUCGGAUGAAUCUUCUGUCCAGCUCGGCCAGCUCAAUACGUACAUGAGGCAAAUCAACCUUCUUUCCAAACUUCUUGCACCUCUAUUCGUGUCUUUCCUUACUGUGAACUACGACCGUGACGGAGACGCAGCUAAUGACCAUAGCCUUGUCUCUGUCUUUGCACUCAUGGCUCUCACUGUCGUGACUGCUGUUUUCGAGCUGCACUGGAUCCGCAUCGUAUACGACUCCUUCCCGUCACUCGAGGCUGAGCAACAAAGAAAAUAUGCUGUUUCCGCUGCUUCUGUGAUUGAGACCUCAUCCCCAUCGUCCGCACAUGGAUCCCCGCCAUCGUCAAUGACACACUCUGCAGCAUGGCAAGAAUUCGUCAGACUCCCUGUGUUUCUUUCCUCGGUGUCUAUUUCACUGCUGUACCUCACCGUUCUGUCCUUCGAAGGGACCAUGCUCGGAUACCUCAAAACACUCGACUUCCGCGACGACUUUCUGGCCGAAAUGCGUGGUCUCUGUGUCGUCACAGGACUUCUGGGGACAUUUAUCACAGUUCCUUUGGAGCAGAAACUUGGAUCUGCUCGCGCAGGGAGCUGGAGUAUCUGGCAAGUCGAUGUUGUCUGCGUCUUCUGUAUCGCUGAUAUAUCGCCUGGUAGGUCUAUGGUGGUGUGUCUCCUCCCAGUCAUGGCGUCCUUCUACAUAUUCGGUCCUCGGACGGCUGUCGGUGCUUCUCUGCUCUUUGGAGGCAUGGCCUUGUCUCGGAUCGGGUUGUGGUCGUUCGACCUGAUCCAGACCAAGCAGCUGCAAGAAGCCCUCAGCUCCAAUGCGCGACGGAAUACAUUGACUGCAAUACAGUUCACCAUGCAGAACGUAGCAGAUCUACUCAAAUACAUCUUGACCAUGAUACUUUGGAGACCGUCUCAAUUCCAGUGGGCCGGGCUCGUCUCCUUCCUCAGUGUUUCGUCUGGGGCGAUCGUAUAUCUCGCUUAUUUGAGGAAAGAGCGCGGUCAUAUCUUCCACUCGCCUCACGAAUGGAUUCGCAAAAUCUUAUGAUGUGCAUGUUAUACUUCUCACCGCUUUUGAUAGCACAUUAUGAUGGGAAUGAGAUGAGAGGGUAUUAUACAGUGAGGUGAUAGGAUAGCUAUGAGACACAGUGAAUAUGCACGGGGAUGUUUGAUGUUGCUAUACGUUCUUUUCCGCAUCUUUCCCGCCGAUGCCGUCCUCCUGCACUACUGCAAGAGUAAUCUGGGAUGUGCCCGUGUGACUUGCAACAGCCGUCGACCGGGUCGCAAUCUCAGGCAUACUGAGC